CUGUACACGGUGAAGGGAAGUGUGUUUUGUAAGGGGGAUAAAUAAUGUUUUGAAAACGGUACGGGAACUUAUUUAAAAUGUCAGCUUUCGCUUUGUUGGGACAUCUUGGGCAUCCAGGCGCUGCUGCCGAGAACAGGAACAGGAACACAAUGUGCUAGAUUUAGUUGCCCAGCGUAAUUUAUUGCAACAGAACUAUUCUUUGGAAACAUCUAAUAUUUUUUGCGGUAUUUCGUCAGCUUUUACUGUAUCACGACCAUUAAAACCCGGAGGAAGACAGCCUUUUGCCUCUUUGCCAUGCCGGAGCACAUGACUGCGGGAGAGGAGUAAAAAGUUCUCUCUCGGACUAAGAACACCUGACUCCCUCUGCUCCCACCCCCGCUUCAACCGGCAUGACCCUCGGCGCCGUGUCCGGCUCCGACAGCUCGUCGGCGGUUAGCUUCUGCUCCUGCUGCGGGGCCAAGAUGGUGCCCUACUUCAGCGACGACGCGGUGGUGUCAAAAAAUCAGAUCAACCAGCUUAUCAGUGAGAGCUUCCUCACAGUAAAAGGUGCAGCACUGUUCCUUCCCAGAGGUAACAGCCCCACACCUAACUCUGCGCCCCGGAUCAGCCAGCGCAGGAACAAGCACACAGGUGACCUCCAGAAACAUCUUCAGACCAUGUUCACUGUGCUGCGGCCGGAGGACACCAUCCGACUGGCUGUGCGUCUAGAGAGCGCCUACUCUCAGGUAACCCGUUACAUGGUGGUGGUCUCCACCAAUGGCAGACAGGACACGGAGGAGAGCAUUGUGCUCGGCAUGGACUUUCUCUCUUCUGAUAGCUGCUGUACGGUGGGUCUGGUUCUACCUCUGUGGAGUGACACUCUGAUCCACUUGGAUGGAGAUGGUGGUUUUAGUGUGUCCACAGUGAACAGGGUUCAUGUCUUUAAGCCAGUUUCUGUCCAGGCCAUGUGGUCAGCCCUCCAGUCACUCCACAAAGCAUGCGAGGUGGCUCGCUGCCAUAACCACUACCCAGGCAGCCUGUUUCUGACCUGGAUCAGCUACUACCAGAGCAGGAUCUCCUCUAACCAGUUCUGUAUCAACGAGUGGAACGCCAUGCAGGACGUCGAGUCGCACCGUGCAAACUCACCUGUCCUCUUCACAGACCUGCCCACAGAGAGGGAGCGCACAGAGAGGCUGAUCAAGAUGCGCCUCCGAGAGAUUAUGAUGCAGAAAGACCUGGAGAAUGUGACCUGUAAGGAGAUCCGAACGGAGCUGGAGAUGCAGAUGGUGUGUAAUCUGAGGGAGUUUAAGGAGUUCAUAGACAACGAGAUGAUAGUCAUCCUGGGACAGAUGGACAGCCCCACUGAAAUCUUUGAACACGUCUAUCUGGGCUCUGAGUGGAACGCCUCCAACCUGGAGGAGCUGCAGAACAGUGGAGUGCGAUACAUUCUGAAUGUGACCAGGGAAAUAGACAACUUCUUCCCAGGGAUGUUUGAGUACCACAACAUCAGAGUGUACGAUGAAGAGGCCACCAACCUGCUGGAGUACUGGAACGACACCUACAAGUUCAUCACCAAAGCCAAGAAAGCCGGUGCUAAGUGUCUGGUUCACUGUAAGAUGGGCGUGAGUCGCUCAGCCUCCACAGUGAUCGCCUACGCUAUGAAGGAGUACGGCUGGGACCUGGACACCGCCUUCGACUACGUGAAAGAGAGACGGGCCGUCACCAAACCAAACCCUUCCUUCAUGAAACAGCUGGAGGAGUAUCAGGGAAUUCUGCUGGCCAGCAAACAACGGCAUAAUAAGCUAUGGCGCUCCCACUCUGAUAGUGACCUAUCAGAUCGCCCAGAGUUGCUGUGUAAACCUUCCUCGCACUCUCUGGGCCACUCAGACUCUCACAACAACAACACUACCACCUCCUCCCCCUCCUUACAUCACUUCCUGGGCGUGGCUGUGCUGCAAGCACUUGGCGCUGAACCCGAAGACUCUGCCAAAUCAAACACCGCACACACCUCUGACUCACACACACACUCCAAUGGUGUGUGUGAGUCACCGGUUCAGGAGGAGGUCAGAUCAGAUUGUGAAGACCCCCUCCUGCUUCCUCUCCCCAGACCCCGAGCAGCCACUGUAGUCCCAGAGGAAAGACUGGACAAUUCAGCGAGCGUGGCUGUCACUGUGCCUGUUGCUGUACCCCACCCGCCACCAUCGCUCCACAUCCUACCUCCUACUCCUGAACUCCAGCGCGCUCACCGGGGUCCUCCCACACAUCUGUCCAUUUCAAUGUCCAAAAACAAACCAGUGGAACUGUCCCUCAGUUUGCCUGAGCGUAGCAGCUCAGAAGAAAUCUCUCCUCUCACUCUGGGAUCCACUGACUCAGAUAUCAUAGAUCAGUCAUUAUCCGAUUUAACAAGUGACAGACACAGCCCUAUCAGCCCUUCAACCACCACCCCUCUCCCACUGGUUCUUCACCUCGCUCCCAGUGACGACAACAACAAUCCCAGUGAGUUACAGAUUGGCAGCGCCUUCGACAGCCGCGGCGAGGCCGACGGGUCGUCAAACCACAGCGCGGACAGCAUUGACUUCUUCAGCGCCAGGGAAAAGUUUCUGGGCUUGGCCCAAGAUGGUAGAACACGGACACUUUCAGAGCAGGCACAGCAGAGGACGCCUCUGUCACAUGAGGAUAACGAAGAAACGCAGGCUAAGGAGGAAGAGGAGCAGGGAAAUGGGAGUCAGGCAUCUUCGCAGUCUGAAGACAGUGUUGACAAGGCCAGUCAUCACCCUCACCAUGACAACGGAAUAUCAGUCCGCCACAUCGUCACUGAGAUUGAAGCCACAUGCCACCCUGCGUCGUGCCUUCCUCCUACUCCCUCCUCCGUCUCCUCCUCGUCUCUCCCACCGUCCUCCCACAGCCCUCAGCUCGUCCGACUGGGACAUCAGGAGGAGGCGGAGUCUUCCGAAGCCACGCACGGCUCUUUGACUCCACCUUCACACCCGCAGUCUCCCUCCAUGCUGCCUGGUGACUGGCCGACCGGCUCGGUGCGGCGGGCCACCAAACAGCUGGAGCAGAAGCUGAAGCAGGAAAUGGAGAUGGCGGCGUCUCAGCGAUCACCGCUGCAUUCCCCCAGCACUGAACACCCUCCCGUCAGGCUGUCCCUGUGCUCCCCGAGCGCCGAACACCCUCCCCUCCGCUCCCCUCAUCACUCCACAGAACAAAGGAUCACUCAGGGAGAGAUCAUGGCUGUAUCUGCUAAGUCCAAAGACGGAGAGAAGCACACAGGGUCACAACAUGAGCUUCAAAGACUCGACUCCUCAGGCACGCACAAACUCCCAGACCCUCCGUACUCCCCUAACUCAAAUGUCAGCCAAGUCUCUGGUGCUAUACCUGUCACUGUGCACUCUUCCAUAGAUAGCCAUAUGCUGACAUCAUCACUGACCUCUACUAGUCUGUUAGUAGAAUCAUCUCUAAAUACCUCAGCCCAGUCUCAAGGACAGAGCCAGCUCCACAGCCAAAACCAGCAGUGUCAUAUCCUGCCCCAGGCCUCUUCAAACCAAAUGACUUUGGAUGGUGUGACAGUGCAGGAGUCAGACACAGAUGAGAGGCUGGAGUCCAGUUCCCAGGGCAGGGGAGGGGGCUGUGGCCCCGACUGCGAUGCGCAGAGCAGGCUGGCUCGUGGCAGUCAGGAGCUGGAGAGGAUUCAGCAGACGCUGAGAGAGCUGCAGGCUUUCCUCCACGAGGGCGUCAGCCUGGAGACGACAGACAGCAAAGCACAGGAACUGGAGCAGCCUCAGGGGCUGAGAGACUCUAUGGACACAGAGCCGGGACCUCGUAAAGGGGCGAGUUCUGAACAGACCCCUUCAGGCCAAGAAGGAGGGCAGCGGCUCCGAAAGAGACGAGAGGGGAAGAGUUUCCUGGAGCCGACGGGCUGGCACAGAGCCAUGGAGCUCGAGGCUCGCAUCCGCCAGGCGGGCCUCACCCCCCCAUCUCUCAUGAAGAGGUCUGCCUCCUUGGCAAAACUGGACUGCCUAGAGCUGUCAGCCAAUGACCUCAGCGAUUUGGACCUGAGGCCGCACACCAGGACGACAUCAGCACACUCCCAGGACUAUUUCUCCACGUCCCCAUCUCACCCAGACGACACCUGGAAGAAACAGAAAGUGUUGGCUCAGAACACUUGCGUUGAAAAGACAGGUCUGUCCUGUGACGACCCAUCCUCGCCGCAGUCCCGCCUCCUCUCCCCCGCCCCUCACCAUUGUCCCAAAGAAGAGACAGGCGAGAGGGAAGAGCCAGAUGGCAGCGGGAGCGGCGCGGUCGCCACGUCCCGACAGCAGGGGAGGGGACAUUCGUCGAGACGUUCUCGCAAAGCGUCCGCUGAGAAGAAGCAGCGAGCCGUCACUGUGCUAUACAAUACGAUGUAACCUCAGUGCAAUGGACUGGAACGGACACGACUGGAGCUGUGCACACGUGUGAGAGAGGUUGCAUGAUGUGUAUGAAUGCGUAGCAGGUAAAAUGUAGGACUUGUGUAACCGCCGAUGUUUGUACAGUGUGUAAGAAUGGAAUGACGAACAUAUGUCUGCAUGUAAACCACUGGAUGUGUUGUUUUAACUGGAGUUCAGGUUUGUAUGUACAGUAAUGAAAUAUGAAUGUCCAAACUAAGACUGAACCGGUGCAUCCUGUAUGCACUCCAAUAUGUCCAAUAUGUGUCCAUUUUUUUUUUUUUUUCCAGUGUGUGACCCUCGCUGCCUGUUCAGAGUUUUUAAAGCAACAAAGAGUGGGGUUUUUUCUCAAAACAUGCACUUUAAUGUUUAGAUUUUCUUUUUAUUUGAAAUCAAUUUCUUACCCCGGGGGAGGAUUCGUUUGCACUGGUCUCAGUAGACUUUUCUCUGUGUGAGUGUUUUUGUUUUCAAAGUGGACAAACAUGUCUUUAUUCAGAUUUUUAAUUAAACCAGGACAAAGCUCAUGUUUUUUUUUUUUUUCUUUUUUUUUUAUUCAGUGCUUUAGCAGUAAAUAAAUAUGGUGCGUUUGUUUUGACUACA